UGAGGAGAUCAGAAAUGGAGCACGGCGGGACACUUUCGGAUUGUUCAUUAUUUGCGGCUGUGAUGUACCUACUAGAGUGGUAGAUGCGGCCCUGGAUUCGGAAGGUCAGGCCCGGAAGUGCUCGGACGUUCGAGUGCUCACCCAUGAGUGGCCCGGCAAUGGCCCGCUACUACAUACAGCCUCUCGCCCUCGCCUCUGCUCCGUCGCUGCUGCGCUGCUGCAGCCUGCUCUUCUACACGACUCUACGAGCAGCAAUCUUCAGGCGCUAGCACGAGCCACGGAGAAUGAGCAGCAAUAGGACUUCGAUCGUCGCCACGCUUUCUGUCCGACUCACGGAUUUCAGUCCCGCAUCGUGCCAUGGCGAGAGUGGAGCUAUAUACCCAUCUACUAUUUUACAUGUGUCGUCGAUCGGAGCGAACACACGGACGGAUGAACUGCCGUUGAUCGCGAGCAUCGUUAUAGUACUUUACUAUAGCUUGGAGCCGCAGCGCUCGAACAGAACGUCCUACCGUACACACGACGCACGGCAACAUUCGACCGAACGGCGCCGGUGGCCGGGUCCCGAACCGUUGCAGUUGGGCAGCCGAGUGCCAGCCGGUGCGGCUUCGAGCUCCAGCGAGGGAGACCAUGGGCAGGCGGGCAGCAGGUUGGUAUAUCGAUGGUACAGCGGACGAAUAGCGGAGAGCAACUGGCGGAAUCGUUCCGUCGCGAUCAUCCAGGCACCUCGAGUCCCUACUUACCGACUUCUUACCUGCCUGCUCAUGGCGUGCCAACGGAUGUGCGACCACGCGCCUAUGUACUCUACCGAUAUGUGGACGGCGGGGAGGAGCGGGUGGUGCUAAGCGAACGAGAUAGACGAUGCGACGCCCAGACCUUAGAUCCAACGGUUGGUUUUUCAAGCCGGAAUUUGCAUGAGCAUCAACACAGACUCAGGUACAUAAAUAUGUAGCUCGGCGGCGGCGCAAGGGACCUGGGUGGUGCUUGCUACAUAUACGCUGGAG